UCCUUCUCCAUUACCGCUAUCCAUUUCUGAUCAAUUGCAGCUUCUUCAUAUCCUGCAGGCUCCAUUACAGCAACAUUACACCUUUGAUAAAUGUUAGAGAGUGACCUGGUUCCUUUUACAGUUGGAUUGUUUGGUAGGGGUGGAACUUCAUAUACUUGUUCAACAGCUUCCCACAGAUCAUUUGCAUCAAGAUAAGCUUCCAUUCUAACAGUCCACAUUUGAUAAUUUGUCCAUCAAAGAUUGGAGGUGCAAUUGCAGUGAAUGAGACUUAUGAAUCCAUUAGGAAUAGGUUGUAGGUUUUUAUAUUUGUGCAGGGAUAGAUGAUAAGUUUUUAGGAAUUGUGUCUGGGUUCACUCAAUCUCACAGGUCCCUCAAGAAACAACUCUGAUACCAAUCUGUUAGAUAUUAAAAUAACAAGAACAAGAUAAUUUGAGGCUUUUGGUCAUAUUUUUUUUAUUGAAUAAAAAAGCAUCUAUUUAUACAGCAUAAUGGAAACUAAAUUGCAGAAAAAUCUGCUACAUAUAAGGCAUAUCUGUUAAGUACCAAAAAAUAGCAUGAACAAAAGGUCAUAGUCAGUUUGACUAUUUUAUUGCCUAAAGAAUAGCCCAAAUCAAAACUGAUUCCUACAUUCUGUUAGCUGCUUCAGAGUCAUGCCAGUCAACAAUCUUACAAGCAUACAUGUUUAAGCAUCAAGAUAAGACUACAUCCAUUAAACUUGCAUGUGAUUUUCAACAUAUUGAACAUAUAUAACAUUUAGUUACCAAAAUUUUGUGACCAAAUGUAACACUAAGACAGCAACAUUUAAGUUACAAAACAGAAAAAAGCGGUAGCAGAAAGUCUUAAUUCUUUUUAUAGUGUGCAUCAAAACGUUGACUUCUUUACUUUCUCUUAAUUAGGUAUAGUGGCAGAUUAGUAAGUUUUCAGGAGAACUAUAAGUUCAAGAAUUUUUCCUCAGAAUCAUCAUCCUGCAACAAUCUUAAAUGUUUCAUCAAAAACAUAAAAGAGAAAUACGGAUUAAGAUUGAAUAUACGCAUGGCACACUUCAGUUGGUUACUGGGGAGGAGUACUUCCUACAUCCGAAGUUUGGUAAUCCCUCCCAUUUCUGCGAUGCCAUGGAGAAAUAUGGAGUUGGGUUAGUUGACCCCAAAAUGAUUGGUCAUUUCUAUGAUGAUCUGCACAGCUACCUUGCAAGUUGCGGUGUGGAUGGAGUUUGGGUGGAUGUUCAAAAUGUAUUGGAAACCUUGGGAUUGACCGAGAAAUACCAGAAAGCCCUUGACGAAUCUGUCAUGAAGAACUUCAAAGCCAGUAACAUAAUUUCCUGCAUGUGUCUAAACACAGAGUUCAUCUACAGCUCAAUGAUGAGUGGAGUUGCUAGAAUAUCAGAGGAUUACUUGCCCAAUGAACCAACAUUUCAAGCUCUACAUGUUGCUACAGUUGCAUUUAACAGCCUCCUUUUGGGGGAAAUUGUUGUUCCAGAUAGGGAUGUGUUCUUUACUGAUCAUUACACAGCUGAUUUCCAUGGUGCAGCAAGGGCAUUGGGUGGAUGUGCAGUUUAUGUGAGUGACAAGUUGGGAAAACAUAAUUUCAAUGUCUUAAAAAAGUUGGUACUACCAGAUGGCUCUAUCUUAAGGGCUAGACAUGCCGGUCGACCUACACGAGACUGUUUAGUCACUGAUCCAGUUGCAGAUGCGAAGGGUUUAUUGAAUAUUUGGAACAUGAACAAGUUAACAGGAGUUGUUGGUAUUUUCAAUUGCCAAAGAGCAGGAAAAUGGCCACCAACACCUGGUGCUCAAUAUUUACAACCUGAUCCAGGAUCUCCACCAUUUAUCAUACCGGGUUGUAUUAGCCCUCUCGAUGUUGACUUGCUUGAGGAGGUUGUAGACGAAAGUUGUAAUGAUAUUGUGCAAUUUAUUGAUUCAAUUCAGGUCUCAGUAAUUUGCCUUGUCAAUAUGGUGUUUCUGCUGACAGAGAAGAGUAUUUCUUCUUCUCAAGGCCAAAAAUCAAGUUCUGGUGGAGCAAUCAAGUCUCUACACUGUAGAAAUGACAAGGUAAUGGUCCAAGUUCGAGGAUGUGGACGUUUUGGAGCUUAUUCCAAUAAAAAACCAAGAUCUUGUGCAGUGGACAGGAAGGAGGAGGUCUUCAUCUACAAUGGAGAAAAUGGGCUGUUGACAUGUACGCUUUUAGGAGAUUACAAUUUCAGAAAUAUUGAGAUUUUCUACUGAUAAUUUAUGUGCUACAAAUUCAAAGCGAACCUAAUGAGUCGUAAUCAAAUAGUUGUAUAUAUGGGUUGGAUAGAGAUAUAUUUGAAUGAUAAUCGAACAGUAGUAUAUAUGGGUUGGAUAGAGAUAUAUUUGAAUGAGUUGUUCUGUAUCA